AUGUACCCUACCUUUAAUGACCUACCCCUGGACAAGAAAGGGCCACAUGGCAAUGCUUGGGGGCUUUGGGGUCCGGACGACCAGCUUGGCACCUUGAACCUCCUCAACCCCGAAGUUGUCGCCCAGGCCGCCAAGGAAAACAUCCAAACAGGGCAAAGGGUGUCCCUAAACUGGUCAAUGACUGGUGCGUCUAAACCCAGGUUUCCGCGAAAGCUUCUCCAACAGAAUUUGAUCAACAAGGCACCAUUAAAGCACGCUCACGAUGACGAGUGGUCAUUCAACUCUCAAUGUAGUUCGCAAUGGGAUGGUUUCCGACACUAUGCUUUCCAGAAGGAAGAGGUCUACUUUAUGGGUCGAACGGCAGAGGAUUUCGCCAGCUCUCCACAUCCAAACGGCAUCCAACACGUUUCCAUGAAAGGCAUUGCAGGUCGCGCUAUAUUCGUCGAUUGGUAUGCAUGGGCUUUGAAGCGCGGCCACACGGUCGAUACGUUCACAUCAUACGCUGUGCCGUUCAGUGAGAUUGUAGAGGCACUCCAGGAUCAGGGACUGAGCCUCGACGUGUUCCGCCCUGGAGAUAUACUUAUCAUCCGUUUCGGUUACUUAGAGCAAUACGAGUCCAUGGAUACUGAGCAGCGCGAUCAACUCGACAAGUUAUACCAGACCAAAAAGCCUGAUAACAUUGGCAUCAAGCCGAGUCGGGAACUGCUCGAGUUUCUUUGGAACAACAAGCUCGCAGCCGUGGCUGGGGACACUCGGUCCUUGGAAGUAUGGCCGUGCACAGAACUCGAAUGGCACCUCCACGAGUGGCUUCUUGCCGGUUGGGGAAUGCCAAUCGGUGAACUCUUCUACCUCGAAGAUCUCGCAAAGCUGUGCGCAUCGCUGCACCGAUACACCUUUUUCCUCUCCAGCUCUCCUAUGAAUGUACCAGGUGGUGUCGCAAGUCCACCAAACGCUCUUGCAUUCUUCUAG